AUAAAUGUAUCUUGACGGCGACGACGACAACAACGAUUCGGAUUCAAAUUCGAAUUCAAAUUCCGAUUAGUUGCUCACAGACGUCUGAUCAGUGCAAAUGCAAGUGCAACCAGCUGUAAAAAUGGCUUUACACAAUAACAACAACACUCGUAAUACGAAAAGUCCAAGUUUGGAUACGGAAUCAACAUGGACAAAUGAUCAAAAGGAAGAGGAACAAGUGCGGGAAUUGUGCGAUUGGCUGGACGCAAAUCCAAAAAUAAAUGGUUGUCAGACCUAUGAAAACUUGCAUUUCUUUUUACGCACCUGCAAAUUUGACAUUGAACGCACGAAAAGGAAAUUAAAGGUUUUUUAUCAAAUGCGUGCGGAGAGAACCGAAUGGUUUGACAAUUGCGAUCCAAUGUUGCCCGAAAUUCAGGAGCUUCUUAAACUCGGCGUGUUCCUACCCGUCGAUGGAGUCGAUGAGCACCAGAGAAAGGUCGUCAUCAUACGCACGGCGGUCCAUGAUCCCAAAAAACACACACAGAAUAAUGUGUUUAAGACAAGCAAAAUGAUAUUGGAUUUACUGUUGAAGCUUGAGCCAGACAACUGUGCACGUGGAAUGGUUGCCAUUAUGGAUAUGCAGGGAGUACAAUUGGGACAUGCUCUCCAACUAAAUCCCAAGCUCAUCAAACGUUCCGUGGAAAGUUGGACGGCGUAUCCGUGUCAGCCCAAAUUGCUGGAGUUUACCAAUACGCCCCGACAUGUCAAUAUCUUGCUGAAUACCUUUCGUGUAUUUAUGACACCCAAAAUACGAUCCCGGGUUAUUGUGCGUCACGGCGGCACAAUGGUAAUAUGCAACCAGCUCCCUAGGGAUUUGGAUAGGAACGGACAAGGUCCCACCUAUAAAGAAUUGGCUAUGAAAUGGAAAAACUUGCUGGAGCAAAAUGUUGACUUUUAUGUGGAGCAAGGCAAAUACAAAAGCAUACUCAAGUGAUUUGAGAAUUACUAUGUAUUAGUGUGUGAUUAGAGUGUGAUUAACCGAAUGUGAUUAGAGCUAAGUAUAAUAAACAUACAUACAAACAUGCAUAUGUAUGUAUA